AUGCCUUCGCGGCCGCUGUUUUCCGUUGAAAACGGCAGUCCACACACCUCAAAUACGAUCAUAAGAGGCAAGCUAGCUUCGUUCCCUCAAGCCACGGAUCGCGUUGAAAAUCUGGUUUCCGAGUAUCUUGCGUUCAAUGGGUACUACAAGACCCUACGUGCCGCUUCCAGCGCAAAUUGCAAUCACAUGCCGAUCAUUGAUGAGCGCACAGCAAAACAUGCUGCCCCUGAGACAUCUUCCGGUCAGCGUGUCGCUGCCAACAGAGGCUCCUGCUCGUGUCUGCUGUGCUUCUAUGAGCUUCGGGACGAGUCCCUGUUGCUGAUCAACCCGGCCUACAAAAGCAUCAUUUCCGAGAUUGUCGAUUUUAAUUUGCAAACGCUUUUGACACAUUCAGCCAAGCGAGAGCCCGCUUUGCAAUUUUAUUUGAAGCACUUCACGCUCACCAUCCACGAGCUGUUAAGCUUGAAAGACUUUUCAUCCACACUGAGAAUAUUGGAAAACAUCAACAACGGCGGCGAUCAAACCUCGUUUGACACUCUGAAAAAUCUUUACUCGUCGUUGUUGCUGACCGCUGUUGAUGCAAACAGGCCCAAAAUGCCCAAUUCAUGGAGGAGCAUCAUAGAAAACAGCUCGUUUGUGUCGAUUAUCGAAUAA